AUGUCUGAAAUAUAUAAGAACAAGGUGUCAGCCGAAUUUAAAGAACCAGAAAGUGCCAAUGAGACCGAAGUUUUGGUGAAGGAAAUCGAAGAAUCAUUUACAUUCUUACAGAAGGCGGCAGAUAAUUUUGAUAACAGAUACAUUUCAAAGGUUUUCCGUGAUUUAGGACGCUUAAGACGUAAUAUAUUACAGAAUCCAGAAUGUUUGAGAAUCAUCAUCAAUAAAACAUACGCAAACGAUCAUCCAAACAAACUGUAUCUUGUGGACAUAAUUGGAACGCCUCAGACCAAUGAAGAUAAAAUGGAUGUCGACGAAUCGAUUAACUCAAAUGAAGGUGUAUUACCAGAAGUUGAUUUGUACAUUCACUUGUUGAUUCAAAUUUAUCUUUUGGAUCAGGAUCAAUUAAAGAAAUUGGAUGCUUUCAACGAUAAGGUAAUUAGCUUGAUGCAAACAUUCAAUCGUCGUUCUUUGGAUUUCAUUCAAGCUAAAAUAUGGUUCUACAUCAGUAGAACUAAAGAAUUGACUAAAGAUUACUAUUCCAUACGUCCCUCAUUGUUAUUGAGCUUAAGAACUGCUACUUUAAGACACGAUAGCGAAACCACAGCUUCCAUCAUAACAUUGUUAUUGAGAAAUUAUCUUUUAUCCCAUGAUAUUAACCAAGCAACUAACUUGAUUGAAAAGACUGAAUUUCCUGAAAAUGCUGGUAAUGCGUUAUACGCGAGAUAUUAUUACUACUUGGCUAAAAUCAAUGCUAUUCAGUUAGAUUAUUCCUUAGCUCAUGAAUAUGUUCUAGCAGCUAUCAGAAAAACUCCGCAAACCCAAUUGGCUAACGGCUUUAUUCAAUCUGCAACCAAAUUAAGCAUCAUCAUUGAAUUAUUAAUGGGUGAUAUUCCAGAAUUGAAGGUGUUCAAAAACAAUGCGGGCAGCUUUGAGCCUUAUUUUAUGGUUACAAAAGCUGUUAGGUUGGGUGACUUGAAAUUAUUCGGUGAAGUCUUGAAGAAGUAUGAAAGCUAUUUCGUUAAGGAUGACAAUUUUACCUUAGUUUCAAGAUUGGGCCAAAACGUCAUUAAAACCGGUAUCAGAAUCAUUUCUUUAUCGUAUUCAAGAAUCUCAUUGAAGGAUAUCUGUAUUAAAUUGCACUUGGAUUCGGAAGAGCUGACUGAAUAUAUAGUCUCAAAAGCUAUCAGAGAUGGUGUUAUAGAAGCUAGUAUUAACCAUGAACAUGGCUACAUGAAGAGUAAGGAAUUAUUGGAUAUCUAUUCAACUAAAUUGCCUCAAGGUGAAUUUGAUCAAAGAAUCAAGUUUUGUUUAUCGUUGCACAAUGAUAGUGUUAAGUCUAUGAAAUAUCCUUCUGAUAACAACAAAUUAGAUUCAAAUAAAAAUAGUUUAGAAUCAAAAGAAGAAGAAAUAGAUUUAUUAAAGGCUAUUGAAGAAGGUGACUUAGAUGAUUUUAUGGAUUAG